GGAGAAAGAGACACAGACCUCAGCAUCACUUCUUACAAAGGAAUUUAAACAUGGGAUCAAGUCAAACAAAACCUGAAUUUGUCUCAUAUUUGGUUGAUCAAAAUGUGGCGGCAGGACAAGACGUUACUCUUCGCUGUGAGGCAAACACAGGAGAAGUAACAGCAAAAUGGGAGAAGAACGGACGCAGCUUGGAAUCCAUGGGGAGCAAGUACACAACAAGACAAUGUGGUGCAACGUUUACCUUGAUAAUCAGGAACACCACAAAGCAAGAUGAAGGGAAAUACACAAUAAGUCUGUGGAAUGAGGCUGGUAGUGCCUCCUGCUCUGCCAUGGUCACUGUUGACAUGCGCUUCAUGCUAGCAUCUGCGCAAGGCCACCUUAUGCGUCCCUACUUGUGAGAUUCCACUCUCCAAGGACACGUCACUGUGUACUGACCCAUGGAGUUUGGCAGAUGGUUCAUGUCACUUGUUGUAAAACAUUCCCUUCU